GGAGGGCCCCCGGAGUGGGAGGCCCGUGGGGAAGGGCAGGCUCACAACCGUGGGUGUGGCGGAGCUCCGGGAGUCCCGGCGGUGGGUCUGCCACCUGCGCCUCCUGAACUAGACGCGGAACCGGGACGCCCGCUCUCCGUUUCGCUGCCCUUCCCACCAAACCCAACGGCAAACCAAGCACAAACCCCAACGUAGGUCUUGAGGGAGCGUUGAUAUUACAGACAUCCUGCCCAAAUGAUUUCUUCAAAGCCCAGACUUGUCGUACCUUAUGGCCUCAAGACUCUGCUCGAGGGACUUAGCAGAGCCGUUCUCAAAACCAACCCACCAAACAUCACCCAGUUUGCAGCAGUUUAUUUUAAAGAACUCAUUGUGUUUAGAGAAGGGAAUACUUCUCUGGAUAUAAAAGAUCUCGUUAAACAAUUUCAUCUGAUUGAAGUAGAGAGAUGGUCAGAAGGAACGACACGAGAGAAGAAACCAGAAUGUGUAAAAGAACCGGUAGGAACAUCCAUAGUUUCCCACGAACCUACACGGAUGGAAAAAUCUACAGACACAGAGGAGGACAAUAUAGCUGGACCACUGUUCAUCAGCAAAACCACUCAGUUCCCAUCAGUUCAUGCUGAGCUGCUCCCAGAGCCCAAAGAGACGUCCGAAGCCGCUCGAGGCUCCAGUUCAAAGCCAACUACCUCUAAGGCUAUGAGCCCACCGUCGUCACCGUCUCCGGCAGCUGGCUCCCCGGAGUUUGCUUAUGUCCCAGCCGACCCAGCUCAGUUUGCUGCUCAGACGUUAGAAGGUCUUACUGAGCCAGAAAUCGAACCAGAGUGGGAAGCAGCACCCGAACAAGGUUUGAUGGAGCCAGCCAUAGCAGCAAGCGAAGCAGGACAACCACCACCAUAUUCUAACAUGUGGACCCUUUAUUGUCUAACUGAUAUGAAUCAACAAAGUCGCCCAUCACCGCCACCUGCACCUGUGCCUUUCCCCCAAGCAACCCUCUAUUUAUCUAAUCCUAAGGAUCCACAGUUUCUGCAGCAGCCACCGAAAGUUACUUCUCCAACUUACGUGAUGCUGGACGACAGCAAGAAGACCAGUGCCCCACCUUUUAUUUUAGUAGGCUCGAAUGUUCAGGAAGCUCAGGAUUGGAAACCUCUUCCUGGACAUGCUGUUGUUUCUCAGUCAGAUGCCUUGAAGAGAUACACUGCAGUCCAAGUACCCAUCGCUGUUCCUGCAGAUCAGAAAUUCCAGAAACAUACCCCAAACCCCCAGAAUGGUAGUCCUCCGCCAAGUGGACAAGAUGUCCCCAGGCCACAAAGCCCAGUUUUUCUCUCUGUCGCAUUCCCAGUAGAAGAUGUAGCCAAAAAAGGUUCAGGAUCUGGUGACAAACGUACCCCCUGUGGAAGUUAUGGUAUUGCUGGAGAGAUAACCGUGACCACCGCCCAUGUCCGCAGAGCAGAAACUGGGAACUGGUAGGUGCGUUUUCCUACCAUAAUGUGUGGGCCUUGGCUUGCUCCUAGUGUUUGAUUUGCUGAUCUGGAGGUUGUGUUUAUGAAAAUUGCAUUGAGAUAUGCAAGGAGUUGGUGUAUACUCAAAUUUGAUGAGGUUACUAUCUCCAAGUUCAUUGCCCCCAAUUGCUAAUAAAUGCACAGUGCGUGUACUACACCGUGAGGACUCGGACUUGGUGCCUAAUACAUGAACCAAUCCACUCGAUCACCUUGAGAAUAUGGGUUCUUCAUCUGGCCCCUGGAAGAUACUAGAAAAGGGGUAGAUUUAUAAGAAGACAUUCCGUAGGAACUGUAUAAUCCAAUUGGUGUGUUAAGGGGUGGGUCGGAGCAGAGACAAGACAUGAGCACUGGGGACAACUGGAGAGAGAUAAGAGAUUGUGUGUAGAGCAGUAUGUUUGUUCCCUCUUAGAGUGAAGAUUUAUAGAUUUACACAGUAGGAGUCUGGAAACGCCCUGAAGAGCCCAAACUGGAAUGAACUGUGGAUAAGACAGUUUUAUCACUCACAGAUCAUCUUUAAAUUCUUUACCCAGUACUUAAUGCCACGUCCUGUGCUCGUCCCUCCUUCCUGAGGUGGGUAGGCAGGGCAAACCAGGGACCUUCCCACUUAGUGGGGGAAAGCACCAGAGUUAAUUACACCAUGUGAAGUAGGGUGAACCAAACAAGAUGCUGACAGGUGUUCAGGCCCAGAUGCAAACUGACCACUGAGUGAGUGCAAGGAGCCAGCCUUGUAGAGACCCCACAGACCAGGCCUAGGGCUUGAAAGAGCAGGAGUCUGAGACACCCCAAGGAGGCCAAAAUGAGAGCGGCUGGGAAGAGCCGGGACAGCACCUAAGAGGACGCUGGAGCUGUGAAGAGAGGACCCUAUGAGUCAGGGCCCCUGUGUCCCUAGGAGAGAGGCUGGGGUUAAAAGCUCAGUAGGAAGCCAGAGCCGGAGGUCACUAGAGGGAGCAGAGACACGAGUUAAGGAGGUAUAAUGCAACUGUUAAACCCACACCCCCACGAGUUCUGUUCCUUAAAACAAUUUGUGGGAAUUUCAAGCUGAACAUCUGAUGGGCAAAAGCUACAUUUCCUUCACAGGCAGGUUCGAAUACUACAUCGCAUUUAAGGAGACAACUCGGUUAUAAAAUCUUAGGCCUAUGUGCCCUUAUUCAUCACCCCCUUUGUAGACUUUUAGCAGAAUUGUCAAAAUGGCUUUCUCAGCAUGAAAUGCUGGGAUAUUUCGCUGCAAAUACAGGUAAAUGAGUAGAUAAGAAUUUAAUGACAGGAGUGCAGACCUCGUAUUUCUGAUCUGCCGUUCUUUUUACUUGUUCAUUUUCAUGAUUAAACAAUUCACUGUUUGCAUUCCUAACAGAUGCCAGUAGUGACGCCAUUUGAGUCAACGUUCAAGGUGGAGUCUGCCACCCCGUGUAAUUUGUCAAUAAACUUCAUGCAAGCAUAAA